AUGUACGAGGUCUUCCUUACAGCAAUCGUGGAUGACAGCAGCUUUGGCCCAGCAUGCGCUGUCCUGAGCGGCCUCUGCGGCAUGCGCCCAUGGGAGAGCUUCCAGCGGGUGCUCUACUUUCACGGACCCCCCAGAGCCGGUGGCAUGACGCACCAAGCGAAUGUCGACAAGCCCAUGCGCAAGGAUGCCACCUUCUUGUGGAAAGAGAUUAGCCAGAACUUGCUUCGACAGUCGUACGUCAUCCAAGCGCGUUACGAUAUUGCCAAAGAGCGUCAAACGGCUCCUAUGGAUCUCAUUGCGACACCUGGAAUGCUGCGGUGGACCGACUUUCCUGAGCCGCCUCAUGGUCGACCCAUGCUUACCCAGCGCAAGAAGAUUGAGAUUUGGGAUCAAAGGAACCUGCCUCUAGUAAUGCGCGACAAUAAUUACCAGUUCAAGACAGAGAUCAUAGAGGAGGUCCACCGCUUCUACCGCGACGACGUCGAGUUCUGUCUCUUCCGCUCUUAUUUCCUUCACCCGCAAAACAGAUAUGUCUCUGUCGAAUCAAAGACGGAACAAUUCCCCCCGUUGGAUUCUCUACCGCCCUUGGACUCGCUUGUGCCGAUCGACAUGGAGAAGCGCUGGUUCCUCCAUGUCAAGACGCAUGUCAUGUCAGACAACAAGCCUGACGACCUUCGAAAGGCGCAGGACCAGCUCUUGGCGAUCAGGGCAGAGCUGGAAGGCGUCUUUGACUUUAGAUCUAUUGACCGCAAGGUUUAUGAUACCAGGAUAGCUCAACAGGCACAGGGGAUCCAGGCCUUGCCUCAGAAGGUGGUCAUCGGCAGGAAUUGA